CCCGACCAGGUGUGGACGCGCCUGACCGCAAUUACGUCCACACAGAAGCUCAAAAAGUCCCAGUGUGAGUAUGCCCUCUCAGCGUAUGCGGAGCAGAAAAGCUCUCGCAUUCAUUGAAAUCCAGACAGACAUUUUUGCCAGUCGUCUGUGCUAAGGAUUGGAUUUUUUCUUGUCUUCUUGCCAAUCAAUCAAUGUACCGGUUAUGUCCGUAUUUAGUUGGGCUUAAAAAAAACAACCGAAUGAACCCGUAUCCACUUUCCUUCUUGACGGAUCGAUCCAUCGAUCCAUUCGAUUGAUUGCUUGAUUGAUUGGUGAAGUGAUUGAUUGAUGAAGUGAUUGAUUGGUGAAGUGAUUGAUUGAUCGAGUGUCUUAUUAGGUGUAGAGUCCCUCGUCCACCUUCCUAACCAGGCAUAUGGCAACGGCUGUGGUGGGGGGAAGGGGAAUGGACUUACCGGGGGGGCAAAAGGGAGUAGGGAAGACGGUAUCGGUAUCUUUAACUUCCUACUCCUCCUUCUCCUCCGCCUCGUCGUCAUCAUCAGCAGCGGCACCUCGGUCGACCAGCCCUUCUUCCUCCUCGCGCUUUUCUUCUUCACCUUCCUCCUUUUCUUUCUCCUCUACCUCUCUCUCCUUACCGUCGUCUUCAACAUCGUCAUCGGUCGUGUCUGGACUGUCAGCCAUGGCGCAGCAGGCGGGAGGUCGGCCUAACCAUCCGGCUGAUGCUGUUGGAAGGAGCGAUGGCCUCCGUCCAAGGCAGGGAGCAGCAGCAGCAGCAGCAGCGGGAGGAGGAGGAGGAGGAGGAGUUAUCACUGCAAGUGAAAGUGGCAAUGCCGGUGUUGCAGCAAGCAGCUCUUCGGCGAUUACCGCUGUUCAGCAGUCUCAGCCGCUGCAGCAGCAGCAGCAACCGGCGGUGACGGCUUUGUUAGACAGGCCAGAUUUCAACACCGUCGAUUUCAUCAAUCAGAUGUUUCCAAACGAGUCUUCGUUGGUGGCUGUAGAGCCGUUGAUCCAUCGGUUAUGGCACAAGAUAAGGCGGGUGGAUACGGAGAUUCUGGCGGCAGUACGACAACAGAGCUCGUCCGGGACGAAAGCUAGGGAAGACCUUGCCGCCGCGACCAAUGCGAUUCAAGAACUGUUUCUCAAGAUCCGAGAGAUCAAAGUGAAGGCGGAGCAAAGCGAGGUCAUGGUGCAAGAAAUUUGUAGGGAUAUCAAGAAGCUCGAUUUCGCGAAGAAGCAUAUCACCACGACAAUCACCGCCCUGCAUCGUCUUGCCAUGCUUGUCUCCGCCGUAGAUCAACUCCAGGUGAUGGCUUCCAAGCGGCAAUACAAGGACGCGGCUGGGCAAUUAGAGGCGGUGAAUCAGUUGUGCAGCCACUUCGAGUCGUACAAGGAGAUUCCAAAGAUCAACGAACUUCGGGAGAAGUUUGCAAACAUCAAGCAGAUGAUAAAGUCGCACAUCUUCUCGGACUUCUCCAGCUUCGGCGUGCAGGGGAUCCGCGAGAACGGGCAGCUGCAGCAGCAGCUGGCGGAGGCCUGCUUGGUCGUGGACGCCUUAGAACCUGACGUCAAGGAAGAGCUAAUUAGUGGGUUCUGUUCCAAGGAGCUGACGGCUUAUCAACAGAUAUUCCAGGGUACGUUGGAGGUAGCGAAGCUGGAGAAAGCAGAGCGGCGGUAUGCUUGGAUAAAGAAGCAGCUGCGCGCCAAUGAGGAGGUAUGGCAGGUGUUUCCAGCGUCGUGGAGGGUGCCGUUCCUGCUGUGCCAGCAGUUUUGCAAAGUGACAAGAGCGCAGUUGAUGGAGAUCAUGGAUGGGAUGAAGGACAGACCUGCUGACGUGGCAACCCUGUUGCAAGCGCUGCAGAGCACGCUGGAUUUCGAGAGGGAGUUGGAGGAGAGGUUCGCGUCGGGGGGAGGAGGAGGAGAUGGCAGAGAAGGGAGCCGGGGGAGCGGUUUUGCGGGGGGGGGGGGGGCGGGAGCAGCAGCAGGAGGAGGAGGAGGAGAGGGGGAUGAUGGAGGACCGGUCGUUGGUGGGGAUAACGAUGACGUGGACGGGGUGGAUGGGCGGGUGAGGAUGGUGAAGAAGAAGUACGAGAAGAAACGCAAGGAGGGAAGUGGUCAGUCCGCCGAGAGCGCCGCCUUUCGCGCCGGCGAUUCGGCUUCUUCUUCUUCUGCUGGUGCCGCUUCUGCUAGUGGUGUUGCUACCGGUAGUAACGGGAAACCGCAGCAAGGGGAAGGUGGGGGAGCACUAGCACCCUCCUCCUCCUCCUCCUCCUCCUACUCUCCGUCCGGUGGCGGAGCCAUCACUCCCUCACGAUUCACGUUCCGCGGUGUUAUCUCGUCGUGUUUCGAGGCCCAUCUCAGCGUGUACGUCGACUUGGAAGAGAAGACGUUGAUGGAAACCCUAGAGAAACUAGUCCAGGAGGAGACGUGGGGUGUGGAGGAUGGAACCCAGACUAACAUCUUGUCCAGCAGCACGCAGAUCUUCCUUCACAUCAAGCGCAGUCUGAAACGAUGCAGCGCGCUCACCAAGAACCAAACCCUGUUUAAUCUUUUCAAGGUAUUCCAGCGUGUUCUUCGCGCCUACGCGGGUAAAUUGACUGCCAGAUUUCCCAAAGCCACCGUCCCUAGCGGUAUCAUCGCAGCCGCCGCCGGAACGGACUGGCAGCAAGUCAGAGUGUCCGAAAAAGACGAAAAAGUGAUUUGCUAUAUCAUCAACACGGCGGAGUACUGCCACGAAACGACGGGCAAACUCGCCGAAAGCAUCGCUAAGGUAAUCGAUCCUCAAUUCGCUGAGAGAAUCGAUAUGCAAGAAGAGGAAGAGGAGUUCACAGGGGUCAUCACGAGAGCCUUGUCUAUCUUGGUAAUUGGUAUGGAGACGAGAUUAGACGCGGAGUUACAGAAUAUGACGAAGGUUCCUUGGGCGAAUUUGGAAGCGGUGGGCGAUCAGUCCGAGUAUGUAAACGGCAUAAACGCAAUCUUUUCGAGCAGCUCGCCUGUGAUAGCGGGGUUGCUGUCGGGGAUAAAUUACCUCUUCUUCAUGGACAAGUUGGCGGCGUCGUUCGCGCCAAAAUUUUACGCGGGAAUCUUCAAGUGCAAGCGGAUUUCGGAAACUGGCGCGCAGCAAAUGCUUUUGGACACGCAGGCGGUCAAGACGGCGCUGCUGGAGCUGCCAUCCCUGGGAGGCCAGAGCACAGUGCCGUCCAAUUACGCAAAGUACGUGAGCAGAGAGAUGGGAAAAGCGGAGGCGUUGUUGAAGGUGAUUCUCUCUCCUUCCGAGACGAUUGCGGAUACGUUUCGCGCCCUAUUACCAGAUGGUUCGGCGCAGGAUUUCAUCAGGAUGUUAGAUCUGAAGGGAUUCAAAAAGAACGAGCAGCAACCGUUGCUGGAGCAAUUCAGUCGGCGCGGUUAUGGCGGAGCGUCGUGUACAGGUGGCUCUUAUACACAUCUAGAUGUGUAUAAGAGACAGCCCAUGAUGCGCCCCCCCCCACCCUCUUAACUCGG